CCGGUCAGGGAGAAGUACUCAGCGACAGGAGGAGACGCGGUGAUGUCUGUGUUUGUCGCUGUUUGUCGCUCUGUGAUGAACUGCAGGGCUUCUGUUUGAGGGGCUGUGUCGGGGUCAUGGAGCACUACCGGCGGGCUGUGCAGAAGGACUGUGAGCGGAUCCUCGGCACGUUUCAGGCAUCCGACUCGGUGCGCUACGAGGAGUUCAGCACCAUCUGGAGACAAAUGAACUUCUCCAGCAUAUUUUACGGUCAGAUGGAGCGCAGUGAGACGAGGGCCUUCGCGCGCUUGGCUCUGUCUGUUGUGUCUCCGUACCUCUUCCCGCCGUACACCUUCCAGAUCCGAGUAGGAGGCCUUUACCUUCUUUAUGGCCUCUACAACACCCAGUUCACCGCUCCCAAAGAGAAGAUUCGCCUGGCUCUGAAGGACUGGGGUGAGCUGAUCAGAUUUCAGCAGGACGCCGUUAAUGCCCAGCACUACGACGUGGUGUAUAUCCUGAGAAAACUCCUGUCGGAAAAAGCCUUCUACUUCACCGCCAUGCCAGACAUCCUGUUCUUUAACCUGAAGAGGAAACGAGGGGAGAAGGGUCGAAAGCUGUGCGAUGCGUUCGUCGAUCGGCCGUCCCGUCCGCAGGAGCUCAUCAGCGCAGACAUGCUGGAGGAACUGGCUAACGUGCAUGAGCACUACGAAAAGUUGAAGCAAGCAGUUUCACCGCUGCCGGACACGUCUGGUCUCAGCCUCAUCAAACAGAACCUGGUGCCCAAACUACACAGCGCUGUGCUCAGCUACUAUAGCUGGCAGCAGAACCAGGCCGAGUUUGACAGUCAGGGUGGCAAGAGCGACGUAGGUGCAGGAGAAGGAACUUCAUGUCAAGAGAGCUCUCAGAGAGCACAGCUGCUGCAGUCCAUCAAAUCCAGGUCGUACGGACAGGCUGCAGAGGCUUCCAAGUCUCGCCGUCACAGACAAGUAGAAUUGACCUCAGCAGCCACAGAGACUACAACGGGUGAAGUGUCAAACUAUAAGAAAGUCCUGUCCCUCAAAGAGCGCACCGAGCUACGCUUCAUGAGCCACGGAAACCUGAACAAAGAGCUGAUGGGCGUGACCCGGCUGUGGUGCCUGACUACGCUGGGCGAGAAGACUGAAGAGAAAAAGAAAAGGCGAUUCAACUGGGAAUCAGAGCAAGAGAGUGAUGAACACUGAACAGAGAAGACUGGACGAGCUUUUAACAGGUCCCACCUGAGUGGACAGAUCAUUAAGAAGCUACUACAAAGCAAGUAGACCUAAUGGAGAGCGCUGAAGUCUCCUUCCUCUCAUUUGUGUGUCGUUUAAAGGUGCAGCAGUUCAACCUGAUUUCCAGCUGCUGCAUCUGUAGUUGUGGUCCACUGAGCAAUGAAGCUGUAGUUGUUGACCGGCCCAUAUUGGAAACUCGACUGUGUAAAGAAAAAUAGUGGAAUCUGUGAAAAGUUGAUGCGUUCAAGUUCUAAGUGAUGGAUUUAUGUAUCCUUGGGGGAUUUUAGCAGUGCAAUAAGCCCUUCUAUGUCUCGAAGAGAAGGCACCACUCUUACAAAGAACCAGGUAUGUGUUGAUAGCUCCCCCUUUGUGGCGAAUCCUUGGCCUGCUAAACAUGAGUGAGUGAGUUCAAACUCUGUGAUGCACCAUUAGGGGCUUUAGCAGUGCAAGUAGCCCUUCUAUGUCUCAAGGAGAAGGCACCACUCUUACAAAGCACAAAGAACCAGUUAUGUGUUGAUAGCUCCCCCUUAUGGUGAAUCCUUGGCCUGCUAAACAUGAGUGAGUGAGUUCAAACUCUGUGAUGGAUUUAUGCACCAUUAGGGGCUUUAGCAGUGCAAGUAGCCCUUCUAUGUCUCGAGGAGAAAGCUAACAAUUACCCUAGCAUGCGAUGUUUAAAUCAGAACGACUCUGUCCAUUCAGUUCCAUAGACUAACACAAGUUUGUUAAUGUGAUAAUUAACGUAGGUCUUUUAAACAAGGUUCUUUUUAAAUGAUAUAUAUUUUAUAUGUAUAAUUACAAAUAAUAGAUGUUUUGACACCUUUUCACCUUUUAUGUUGUUUUUAAUUUGUUUUUACCUUUUUAUGUUGUGAAAAUGCUGCUGUAAAAAGUUAAUGAUGCUGAUUGUGUGACAAAAAUGCUGUUUUCUAGAUAAAAAGAUAAAAGAUUCUGUCGAAA